GUAAAGGACACCAAACAGACCAAACCACGAUGAGUAAAGGAAACAAUUUUGUGGAUAGACUAGCAAGAGUGCCGGCAAGGAAGGAAGAGCUUGCUACACGGGUCUUAGCUCUAAUUCCAGAAAACUCCUCUGCAAGAAAUAAGCCCAAACUAUACUCCCUCUGAGGCUCAAUGCACCUCACAGAGGGAUCUGAAAUGGAUUCAAAGGGAAGGUAUAUAUUGAAUAACAUGUAUGUACUCCCCAAGGCAUCGCAAUGGAAAAUUAUUAAGCCUUCUUCCGCCACUCCCGGUGCUGCUUGUGUGCUCGCUCGGUGUGGACACAGUACCUCUUGGGGGAAGCGGCAGCUGAGGGGACGCCGGCGCUCUCCAUGGCCAACGAAAAGCCCAAGCAAGAAGUCACGACUAAGAACAAUGAUCAUAUUAAUUUGAAGGUGGCAGGGCAGGAUGGUUCUGUGGUGUACUUUAAGAUUAAGAGGCAUACGCUACUCAGUAAACUGAUGAAAGCCUACUGUGAUCGGCAGGGUUUGUCAAUGAGGCAGGUCAGGUUCCGAUUCGAUGGGCACCCGAUCAAGGAAACGGACACACCUGCACAGCUGGAAAUGGAGGACGAAGACACAAUUGAUGUGUUCCAGCAGCAGACAGGAGGUGGCUACUAAACAGGGAUCCCGCCACUUUACUCUAGAACUCGGUUCCUCCAGACCAAGAAGAUAGGCUCAAUUAGAAAACCACAAUUCGGUUCUACCACAUCAUGACUACUACAGUACAGCUUUCUCUGUUCCUUCAUUUUCCCUUCCCCGUUCCUUUAUUGUACAUAGAGCAACUGUGUAUGUGCACAACCACAUUGCAUUUGUUUUUAACUAAACGGUCAAUGGUAUGUUUUGACUGACAUCAAGUGGCGAAAAAUACUGGUUCCGUGAAAAUAUCCCUUUUCUCCAUUAGUA